UUUGGUGUGGCGACGUGAAAGAAUCACACGCGCCAUCGAGAGGGUGCAAGUGACAUUUUCGAACCCCUUCGUCAACGUGAAAGAAGGAGAUACGCAUAAGGCUGAACUUUUACACAAGCUUGUAUUAAACCCCCUUUUACUACCUCCCGCCCUUCUUCAAGUUCAGACUCCCCCGCGCGCGCACGCCGGUUCGCGUUUAUUCGACUCGCGCGCGUCUAAGGAUCCUCACUCGAUUGUCGGCUUCCAUACCGACGACACUCACCGGCAUAUCACUUUAACACUGUUUGUAUCACCUUUUAUAUUAUCACUAUCAUUUCAACAUUUCACUACGUCUCUCAUUAUCGUGAUAAUAUAAGAAGCCUGAGGAUUUAGUGCGACGAAUAGACGAGAUAAUUCCACAUUUUUAUUUCCAUCAUAGCCUACUGAGCACUUGGAAUACGGAAGAUGAUGAAGAGUGCCGGGCUUCACCGGCCCGGAGUAAUCUUGUGGCUGCUGGUGCUUUGUAUUCUCCAUUCCACGCACUCCGCUCCACUACAUGAUGACGAAACUACUCAACUUGCAGAGUAUGGAGGAGUGGGAACAGGAUGUUAUUACAAUUUUCAAUACUACGAAGAAGGUGGUAGGAUAUUGACAAACGAACCAUGUCUCAACUGUACGUGUCACAAUCGAAUGCUUAUGUGCUACCUCAGAGUGUGUCCAUUUACAAAGGCAAUAGGUCAAGAUUGCAAGGUAGAAAAGCGACCCGACCAAUGCUGCCCGGUCAUUACUUGUCCUGAAGUACCUGUUCAAUUGCUCACGUCUACAACUACAUCACCCUCUGAAUCUGAUUCGACGCAACUUGGCUUCCCCGAUAAUUAUGGCUGUAGUGUUAAUAAUAAAUUCUAUGCUGAUGGUGCUCAGCUGCCAAUUGAUCCUAAUAAUCCCUGUGAGCUUUGCUAUUGUAUUAGGAAUAGAACCACAUGUGUCAUGCAAGAGUGUACGUUAAAGGUCGCUGGAUGCAAACCCGUAUAUCAUCCUGGAAUUUGCUGUCCUGUCAAAUAUAACUGUGAUUAUGAAGAACCAACUGGUACAACGAUCGAAUCAACUCCAGGCUUAAUAAUGACAACAACAAUGGCUCCAGGAUUAUUCGGACCACCAAAAUGUUAUCACAAAGGCAAAUACUAUGAAGACGGUCAACUCAUUUACUCAACACAACCUUGCCAACAUUGUUACUGCUUCCACGGAGAUAUUGCUUGUGCUGUUCAAGAUUGUGGAACGCCGAUGGAGACUCAUGGAAAAAAUUGUACUGCUGUUACACCACCAGAAGGCGAAUGCUGCCCAAUCACGUACAAAUGCGAAAACGAUAGUGAUUCAUCUGACGAACAACAGACUGUACAACAACCGGACGAGAACGAAAUUAUUGCAACGCAAGCUACAUUGCCCGUGUUCGAGGAUGAAGAACAGAAAGGUCAAAAACCUGAAGACCUUUUCCCUGGAGAAAAGAAAGGACAAAAACCUGAAAUUAUUUUCCCUGAAAUAGAAAAGGAACAAAAGCCUGAAGAGAUUUUCCCUGGAGAGGAAAAAGAACAAAAACCCGAAGAAGUUUUCCCAGGGGCAGAUAACGUAAUUCCAGAAAUCCCUCAAGUUCCAGAAAGCGUAACAUUUGAGUCUACUGAAGCAUCUACCACUACUGGAACGAUUAAGACUGAAACAGUGCCACCAAACGAGAUAUUAAUAGAAACUAAUGACGUUGAAGCCAAGGAUGUUACAACAGUCACGCAAGAGCACGCAGUUACAGAAGGUUCAACGACGUCGGCUAUUUCUGGAGAACAAGCUACAACGGAAAUGCUAAUGGAGAAAUCAACUCAACUACCUGAAUCAUCAACAGUCAUUGAUGAAGAAGUGACAAUGAUGGUAGAGACUACUGGUCAUGUAAGCUCAACUGAUAAAAUGUUCACUGAAAAGCCCUUAACUGGUAUACCAGCUAGAAGUGAAGAUCGAAUCCCAAUUGAAGAACAAGAAAUGAUGAAACCUGGUCAAGCUUCUACAUUAACAUCAAUGACAGAAGAAAAAGUCACUGAAAUUACACCUACGGAAGCGGUUGUUUCUGAGAAAGAAAUCACUACAACGGGAUUGUCAGAAAAAACAAGUACACCUGAGGUCAAAGUAGAAGAACAUAUGUCUACAACUGAAACCAUCAAGGAAGAUUUACCUGAAAAAGAAGAAGAAGGUCCAAUAAUUGAAUCUGUUCCGGCUAUAGAUGAAACAUCUGAAUUGUCUAGUACAGUAUCUGAAGAAACUGAAGAAGCUCAAAGUCAGACAACUGAAGGUUUUACUGCGGAAGAAGAGAGUAAACUUUCAACUGAAGAACCAUCAGAAAUGGCAACUACAACAGAAGAAUCUAUUCAAAUAACUGAAAGUAUUGCAAAGGAACCAUCCAUUGAUAUGCAAGGUCAUAUUGACAACUUAAUGACAGAAAAACCAGAAGUCGUUAUUCCUUCAACCGAACAACCAUCUUCUGAAGUUCCAGCUGUGAUCGAGGCAGAAGAAAAAGAGGGAGAAACUCAAGAAACAGAAAAACCAGAAAGUCCAAAGAUUGAAAUCCCUGAAGAACAGCCAGUAACUUCUACUACCGAAGCUGAUAUCAGUCAAAAGGAAGAAAAGAUUACGACAAGUCAACAACCCAUUGAAGCAGAAGAAAAAACAGAAACAAUCCCUACAGAUAGUUCUGUGGAGAUGCCGGAAGAAGAAUUACCAACUAAAGGUCUAGAAGUCAGUGGGGAACAAAGUUCAGAGGAAGUUACAUCACCGGUUUCUAGUGAAGAGGAAAAAACUACUUCACAAGAAAACGUGUCAGCAGAAACUGAAGAGGCUACUACCGCAGGUGGUUCAAUAGAACAAUUCACGACCGCAAAAUCAGUGACGGAGGAUUUAAGUUUGGUUACAAGUAAAGAAGAAUCAACGAGUGGAACGGAGGUAAAACAAACUGAAAAACCAGUUGAAGAAAAAGAAGCUUUACCUGAGGAAGUAUCUACAGAAAGUCUUUCCCCAGAAUUAACCACUGAAACUUCAUUAAUUAGUACUGAAGAUAAUCAAACUGAGAUUGCAACAUCCACUCCAGAGACUACUGAAGCUAAAAAAGAAGAAGAAAAAAAACAAAAAGAAGAAGAAAUAAGUACAAGUUUACCAGAAGUAACUGAAGUCUCUUCAGAAAUACCAGUCAGCCAAGAAGAAGGUACUGAUCAACCAAAACCAGAAGAAGGUGAUGUACUACAAUCAACACAAUCACCUAACUUAGAAGAAACUACAACAGAAAAGGAAAUUUUAGAAAAAUCAACAACCGAAGCUAAACUUGAGGAAAGUUCUGAGAAAGUAACUGAAGCGAUAGAAUCAUCCUCCCCAGAACAAUCAACUGAAUCUAUGACUGAAAGUGAAUUAAGCCAAACACCUACAGAAGAACCAACUGUGGAUAAAAUUGCUGAAACGGAAACUCCCACAGUAAAAGUAGGCGAGCAAACUACAGAAGCGUCCAGUGAGCAAACUAUUAGUGAAGAAGAAUUAGAAAAAACGCCUUCGCCAACUACUCCUCAACAAGAGGAAGAAAAGGAAAUAACAGUUACACAAGAGAAAGUUACGCCCACUACUAUUAUGAUGGAGAAAGAAGAAGAAAAAGAAACUACUCUAUUAUUAAGUACAACAGAAUCUGGAGUAAAUGUUGAAGAAGAGCAAACAACUGAGCAACCUGAAAAAGUCACGCCCGGUAUUGAAUCUGAAGAAGAGAAGACUCAACAACCGACCGAUACUGAAACGCCGACAGAUAUUUCAGUAUCAACUGAAUCUACUGUUUCAGAAAAAAUUACAGAAAUGGUAACUGAACAUGAACCAACACAAGCAAUAAGUGAAGUUACUGAAACACAACCCGCUGAAGAAUCAAGCAAAAUUCCUGAAACUACACUUGAAUCUUCAACACUUGAGCCUGAAAAGGAAACUUCUGCUUCCGAAGAAACACCAACAGAAUCUAUCGAAGAAUCAAUAAUAACUACACCUUCAGAAGAGAAAAAAGUUCCGGAAGUAACAACAGAAAAAUUAACGACUGAAUUUAUCGAAGCCAGUGAAGAACCAACCAAAGAAGCGGAAAUUAAACCUGAGGACACCUCCACUGAAUUGCCUGUUACUCUUGAACAAGCUACGGAAAGCUCAGAAGCAACAAUAUCUACUGAAACUGUCAAAGAAGAUAAAUUUGAGUCAACAGAUAUGACAGAACAAUCAACAGAACCGGGUAAAAAAGAGGAAGAAGAAAAACCAACUGAAGAAUCGAUAACUACAGAGGAAAAAGAAGCAGAAACCACUCCAGAAGUGAAAACAUCUACUACAGAACUUCCUCAAACAGAGAUGCAUGAAUUGAUGACUCAUGCAGUUGAAACUGGAAUACCAGAAGAAACUACGGAAAAAUUGGAACCAUCUGUGACACCUGAAAAACCAGAUAUUGCUCCGUCAACAGAAGGUCCAGCUGAAAUGACUGUAUCUACUGAAAAAGUAUUGGAAGAAACGACACCUGAAGAAUAUUAUCCUCCAGGCAUUCCAGGAGAAGGAAGCUGUCUUGUUGACGGUCAGACAUUUAUGAAUAACUCGGCAAUACCGCCUUCGAAUCCUUGUCAAUUAAGUUGUCGAUGUGUUAGUAGCAUUGUUCAAUGUGAGCUUGUUGAUUGUGCUCCACCUCCCAGUUUCACAGAUUGUAUGCCAAUUCCCAGUGUAAGUGAUUCAUGUUGUCCGAUCUAUAGUUGUACUGACACUACGCCCACGGAAGGUGUAACUCUUGAAAGUGACAAUCAAAUGGCUGAGCAUCAUACAACUGGUUAUGAACCAAGUCAAGAACAAGAAGCAAAAACUGAAGCACCUUCUGCAACUGAAGCACUUCCGGCAGAAACUCAAAAACCUGAUGAAGUGAAAACGACUCCCACUGAAACUCCAGUUAUUGUUAGUGAAGAACCAUCUACAUUAAUGACUUCUACUACUGAAGAAUCUGAAUCUGUUGUUGUUGAUACGACUGGUGAACCUAAAAAAGAGCCAGAUGUUUCUGAAAUGCCCUCCGAGAGUCCAAUUAUACCAACAGAAAAAGAAGCAGAAGAGGGUGUAAGUGAAGUUGGUCCACAAACAACAUUAGCUCCAAGUGUAGUGGUGAAAGAAAGUAGUACUGAAUCUAUAAGUGAAAUGUCUACGUUAACUUCGCUACCAGCGGAAAAGAAAGAAGAAACCCCUACUGAAGCUGAAGAACCUGUUGAACAUUCAACUCCCGAGGCUGUUGAUAAUCGAAUUAAUGAACCAGAAGAAACCACAAGUGAUAAAGAAUCAACAAUAACACCGAAAGAACAAGCUACAGAAGGACCAGUUGAAUCCAGUUCUAUAGUUAGUGAAACUGAGCAGUCUACAGAGAAGGUUGAAGAGCAAACUACCAAACAAUCAAUUGAACAAAGUUCUGUUGUAACGGAAGCUGAACAAGCAACAGAGAAACUUGAUGAAACUCAGCCAACUGAAAAACUUGGAGAACAAUCAACAGAACAACCAAUAGAGUCAAGUUCUGUUUUAAGUGAUACAGAAAAGCCUAUAGAGUCAAGUUCUGUUGUAAGUGAUACAGAAAAGCCUAUAGAGUCAAGUUCUGUUUUAAGUGAUACAGAAAAGCCUAUAGAGUCAAGUUCUGUUGUAAGUGAUACAGAAAAGCCUAUAGAGUCAAGUUCUGUUUUAAGUGAUACAGAAAAGCCUAUAGAGUCAAGUUCUGUUUUAAGUGAUACAGAAAAGCCUAUAGAGUCAAGUUCUGUUUUAAGUGAUACAGAAAAGCCUAUAGAGUCAAGUUCUGUUGUAAGUGAUACAGAAAAGUCUGUAGAAACAGUCGAAGAACAAACAACUGAAAAGGCCGAAGAACCAACAAGUGAGAAAAUUGAAGAAACAGUUACAGAACAAUCAACGGAACCAAGCUUUACAGAAGGUAAAGUUGAACAAACUGAAGAGCCUCAAUUAACCGAAAGAGUUGAUGUACAGCCAACUGAACAGUCAAUUGAAUUAAGCUCUAUUGAAUCUAGUUCUGUCAUUAGUGAAACUGAACAAUCUACAGAAAAAGUUGAAGAACCUUCAGAACAACCAACUGAACCGAGUCCCAUUCCAGUAGAAAUAACAACAAAAUUAUCAGAGGAAUCAGCUACAGAGUCUGCUGUAUCCUCAACAUCAACAGAAAUUCCAGACAUGUCUGAACAAACUGAGAAUGACCUUCUUUCAUCAACGGGAGCUCAAACAUCUCCUACAACUGCAGAGGAAAUGCCCAAAGAGGAGGAAGAAAUGGUUAGUUCACAGCCAAUUGCUCCGACUGAUGAAGAGAAAGUAUUACCAACUGAAAUUACACCAGCAAUUACUGAGUCAGCUUCAAUUACGGAAGCGGAGAAAGAAGGAGAAAAACAACCUGAAGAAGCAACCUUGAAGCCUGAAGAACCAGUUGAAGUAACAACUGCGGUAGUUGAAGAUGAAAAUAAAGUGAAAGUUGCUGAAACAUCAACGACUGGUAUUCCAGUAACCACUGAUGAAGAAUUUACUACAAUGAAAGAAGAAGUUAGCGUAACUUCACAAGAGUUAACCACUGAAAGUGGUAUUAGUUCACCUAGUGAAGAAGAGCAGACUGAAAAAUUAAUACCUUCAACUGUAGUCACGGAAGAAUCAUCAGAAUCUACUAGUGAAAUAAGCAAAGUUAGUCCUUCUGAAAUUUCAACUGAACUACCCACAUCAUCAGAUUUACCAGUUACACUAAAAGAAGAAUUCACUCCCGAAAGCACUACUGUUCUAUCUGAAAGUCCAGUUACAGAAGUCACAGAAGAAAAAGUAUCUGAAGAACAGACAACUCCUUCAAUCAUCGAAUCUACAAGUACCAGUGAAUUACCGGUGACUUACGAGCAGAAAACAAGUGAUGAAGAACCUCUUCAAACAACAAUUUCGAGUGAAGAUCAAACCGAAAAGAUUACAGAGGCUGAUAUCUCUCAAAAACCAAGUGAAACAAGUACUCCUAGUCUUGAAGAAGUAACAGAAGAACAUGUAACUACUGAAGAAAAAACCGAACUACCAAUUGAAUCAACUGAAACUUCUAUCAGUGAAACAUCAGAAGGAGUCGAAAUUGGUAUGACUAGUGUCGAAGAAUCAGAAAGUCCGUUAACAACUAAGGUCACUCUUGAAGAAACUACAGAAAAAUUACAUACACUUAGUGAGGAAGAAAAACAUGAAGAUGAGCAAAUUACACCUGAAAUGCAUACAACUGAAGCGGAACCAUCAACAGAAUUCGAGACGGCAAGCUCGAGUAGUGAUCAAACACCAAGCGAAGUUACUGGCAAUUACAGUAUAGAAACAACUACUGUAGUUGCAGAAAAAUCAACAGAAAUAUCAUCGGAAAUGAAACCUGAAGAAGAAAAAUUAACCACGAUCUCAGCCGAGACUGAGGGAGAAGCAGAACCGGAAGUUAAAGUAACCGAAGCUCCAGAAUUAAUGAAAGAGCAUCCAGAGUCUACUACUGGUUUAUCAGCCGCAACAUCUGAAGAGGUAGUUACACCGGUAAUUGAAGAAGAAAAUAAGGAAAAAGAAUCUACAACAAGUAUUCAAGAAUUAUCGUCAAUUGCGUCUUCUACAAUCGCUCCAACGGCUGCGAGUGUUGACGAAGAUAAUUACACCACUCAUGCAAUUAGUACUGAGCAAGAAAAAGGUGAAGAAAGUACUGAAAAACACCCAGAAAAAGCAGCUGAGACACCAGAAUAUGUUUCUUCUACAGAAUCAAUUGAGCCAAUCAGAACUGUAACUUCUACUGAAGAAAUUCAUGAAGAGAUUAGCACUCAACCGUCAGUCCAAUCUUCUGAAGCUCCCAGUGAAACUCCAGAAAUAUCAACUGAAACUCUUGAAACAACAAGUAAAGCUUCGGAAGCUUCAAGUGAAUCUACUCUUCCAGAAGAAGCUGUAACAUUAAAAAAACCAGUAGAAGAAAUGGAGAAAGAAGCAGAUGAACAUGCAGUUAAACCUGAAGAACCAAUUGAUCAAAUGAUGAUUAGUCUUCCAUCAUCACCCGAAGAACCUGAAGAAGAUGUUCAACAGCAUCAAGUACCAGAAAUUCCAUUUAAAGAACCACAUGAAGACGAUAGCCAACAGUCCAUAAGUCCAGUUGAACAUGACAUUGGACAAGAGCAUGUAUCUGAGCCGGAAUAUCCUUCAUCAAGCACAACAUUAGCUCCGGAAGAUGAAGAGCAAACGGUGACAGGUCAAGACAACCCUCACUUCCCUGUAAACGCCGGCAGUUAUCUCACUCCAGAUGAAGAUUACGAUGAAGAUGACCAAGCGAUUUAUGGUCCUGGAACUUGCCGUUAUGGAGGCAAAGUUUAUGUGAGCGCACAACAAAUUCCACGAGAUGAUCCUUGUGAUUUCUGCUUCUGCUUUAGAAGCGAUAUUAUUUGUUUACAACAAAGCUGUCCACCACCAAUACCAGGCUGCCAUGAAGAACCAAUCAGUGGUUUCUGUUGUCCAAGAUACGAGUGUCCAGUGUCAAUGGCAACGUCACUUAAUAUCACGACGACGACUACAACCACAACCACAACCCUACCACCUCACUUCCUCUCGCAUGCUUACAAAGGUGCGGCAAGACGAAGUGGAUGUCAGAUUAAAGGUCAAGCAUACCGAGUUGGAGAAAUAAUUAAAUCAGCAUCUGGACCUUGCCUUAAUUGCACUUGUGGAGGAGAUGGUAACAUGAAAUGUGAUCCACGAGUUUGUACUCCAGAGCCAAUGAUCCGGCGAAUGAUUGCAGCUUCUACUGCCAAAAGAAGGAGGAGAUGAGCCGUUUAUUCUAAAUUAAAUAAACUAAUUAUUGACGAAAAUAAACUAAAACUGAUGGAAUAACAUUCAACAGAAGAGAGUAAGAGAGAAUAUUGUGUGACAUUACAAUAAUAUGAACGAAUGGGUAGUGAUGUAUAAAAGUGAAUUAAAAAAUUAUUCUCCAAUACUUACAUACUUAGAAUGCCCGUCGUGUAACACAGACACUUUGUGCAUGAUGAUUUUAAUAACUUAAGUGGCCAAAACAUAAAUACUUACAUCAUAUUAAGGUAUAUUAACUAAUAAUUUACAUAUUACAAUAUCAGUAAUACAAUAGAACGGGAAAGGAUUUUGAAAAAAAUUUUUUUAUCAAAAUAAUCGAAUCAUAUAUCGAGAAUUUAAUUGAUGUGCAUUCGUUUAGUGCCAAAUAAAAAGUAAAUACUGGCAAAUAUUAAAAAUUAAAUCAUUAAUUACUGAUUAAUUAAUUAGAACGAAGGCGAUUACUAUAUAAAAAUUAGAAUAUUUACAAUUGUAUUUAAUUGUGCCUUCGUUAGUGCCCGUACCAAAAGCACUACAAGCCCAUUUUAAUAUAAACAAUUAGUUAUAAACUCACAUCAUACAGCAUUUUUUGAUAACAAGUGUGUAAAAUUAUUAGAAACGUCAAUAAUUAUAAUAAUAAUGAUAAUAAUAUUAAUAACAGCAUCAUAUCAUUCGAUAUUACGUAUAAACGCGGAUGAUAUAGUGUAUACAGAAAGAGAGAGAAUGAGAGAGUGAGUGAAUGUUCAAUCGUGUGUACGAGGAGCAGUAAAAAUAAUAUGAGAUUCCAAAUAAACAAAAAAAUGUGAAAUUAAUUUGAUGAAGUAAUGAAGAUUUAAAAAAGGUGAUUGGAGUUUAAUAAAUUUUUUUAGUAAAAAUGGAGCUAUGAGUUGUGUUACAUUCAGGGAAUUUUUUUGUUAAUUCUCUUGUCUACAUGAACCUUGAAAGUCUUUUUUCAUUUUGUCACUUAAAAGACUUUUAAAGUACAGAAUUAGGCAAUUAGGACACACAAGUUAUGGCUCCAAAGUCAAUAGUUGGCUUUCUCGCUUUUUUUAUGUGUAUGAAUAGGAAUGACAUUAUAUAUGAAAAGGUAUUUUUUUUUUCAUAUGAUUUUAAUUGCUAAAAAAUUGAUAAAAAUUUCAAGUAAGUGAAGUAAUAAUGAGAAAUAAAACCUGAAGUGAAUGGAAUAAAAAAAGAGAACGCGCAACUUAACGCUCAAAUUGCAGCUCGCACGGAGGACCGAUAAAAUGAUAAUUCGCUUCUCCGGCGAGCUGGCGUCAUUAUAUAUAAAUAUUAUAUAAAUAUGAAAUAUAUACAUUUUUACAAUUCUUUAUACUAUUGUAAUCUCAAUUAAUAACUAGAUGAUAAGGUUAAAAAGAAAAACCUGUAUACCUGUACGAGAUUAAUGGAGAGAAUGAACUUGGAAGCUUUUAAUUUCGUCCAUUUUUAUAUAUAAUAAUAAAACAUUUUUCUACCAAGUUUUCUCUCGCAAUGAUGAUUUUAUCAUUAUUUUAUUAUAAUUAUAAUUAAUUAUUAAUAAAUGUUAUUGUUUUAAGAAAUAGAAGUGGCUACUUCAUGAUCAAUAAUUGAUCUAUGAGAGUAUGCAAUUACGUUUUCUCAUUUUUAUACAGCAAUUUUUUAACUUUUCAAUGUCAAAACUGAGAAAAUAAA